AUGCUACCGACAACGGGAUUUCAAGAGGAAAAUGAUUGUGGCGUUAUAAACUUCUUCUGGGGACGCGUGUCACAGAUCUCUGCGCUGAAGCGGACAGGGUGGAUGGUUAUUUCCCACACACUUCCAGCCUAUGUGUGCUGCAUUCGUCUGUUGGAAACGCUGCCGAGUAUCUUCGACUACAGAGGAAUGCUGGUCCAAGAUCUAAUGCCAUUCACUUUAAGUUGUUGGCCUUUAUUCUUCGGUCACUGCCUCCUCUCACUGUUUUUACUCUCAUGCCAGGGAGAACUCCAGAGGUCAUGCUCGCGGACUGUGGCGGAGAAAGUUAGUGAACAGUGCCAGCUGGCAUGCCACUGUAGAAGAUACCCUCCCCUGCCUCCACCGCCACCUCCCCCGCCUCCCCCGCGGCUACUGGUGCCCCCAGAGCCGGAGCCCAUGGUGCCCUUGUUGAGGCCCUGGUGGAUGGAGAUGGAUAUUGCAGUGCUUGGAACGGUGGGCUGUGCCUCAUUGGUGUUCCUCCUCUCAGCCAUCAUCAUCUGCUACAAGGCCAUCAAGAGGAAACCACUACGGAAAGAGGAGAACGGGACGAGUCGCGGGGAAUACGCCAUGAGCAUCCGCAAGAAGAAGGCCAUGGGUACCAACAACACUGUGGUAUAG